CUCUCUUGAAUUAUAACCAUCUCUUGCGCGUCCGAACCUCGCUCCCUACAGCCAUCGUUGCUUGCUCGCUACUGCUGCUGCUGCUGCUGCUUGUUGUCGUGGUCAUAGAGUGCCGCCAUAUCAGAUCAUAUCUCAGCGCUACUGUCCUGUCCGGCCUUUUACCCACUUCGGCCCAUCUCGUCAUCUGAUCUGUUGAACCACCACCACCACCACCACACACACACUUACACGCCCACGCACACACAAACCAACCACCGGCCACCGGAAUUGUCGCCACCGACGCAGCAGAGCAGGACCCAGACCCUCUCCCGUUCUUCCUUCAUCGUCUCCCACCACCCACUACAUCAUCCAUCUGCUCGCUUUGCGCCCCCAUCUCGAUACACAUCUACAUAUCCUUCCCGCACUCCCGGAAUCCAUGCUCACCCGUCCCGCGUCCAAUCAGUAGUCUGCUCGCUUGUGCGCUAGGCCGCUUCGGGCUCUGCUAUAUCCAUUCCUCUCAACGUCUGCUCCAACCCGUGUCCAAUGCGACCGUACAGAGCGAGUGGGGCCAGCAGUCUUCACCCUCGUCUACCUUGUCCACGCUUCUCUCGGCCUUCAAUUUCCAUAAAUUGUCCCCCGCAACAUGUCCACCCAUGUCGACCAUCCUUCGAGAUAUGUGACGGCUCUGCUGACUCAGGCAAAGACGGCUGAGGCAAUCCCCUCAGACGCUCUGCCCUGCCCUUACUGCCAUCAUGGCCGUAUCUUCCAAUCCAUCGACCAGCUCUUUGCCCAUGCCAAAUCGGAUCAUGCUCCCCGCCUGACUUCCCUGGAUCCCCAGCACGCUCGUGCUCACUUGCAAGAAGCCGCUUUGCGCAUCAAGACUUCCGGAACAGACCAAUCCUCCGAAUUUACUGCUGGCGGGGGUUCCACUCCGGACAUGACCGCACUCACCCUGGACACGGCCAAGGAUCGACACUCCCCCUCUGGAAAGAAGAGACCCGCCGAAGCUGCCUUUCAUUCACGUCGAACCAAGCCACCAAGCCAUCCCGAGGUUCUCGAUUCCGAUCUGUCGCAAGAGAAUUCGGGUAUCAUUCAUGUCUCAGAACCUCUCAAAUCAAAACCAAGGGAUUAUCGCCAUUACGACACCAAGGGUUCCAAAGCAUCUAGACCAUCUCCGAAGCCAUCCAAUACAGAUCCAUCAAGUAAUGUCUCUACCCACACAUCCCGUCCCUCUCGACUGCGCCGACCACAACAUGCCCAAACAUAUCAGCCCAAGCCAACCGCUUCACCUGCUACCCCCCAUGAUGCAUCGGGAUCCGAAGAUAUAUAUGGGAGUGACCGCCGCUAUCCCGACUUGAUUCUGCAACCCGAGUCUCGUCCAAUCUCCCAGGAGCAGCUGGCCUCGGAAGUCAAGUCAAUAUAUGCCGGCUUGAGCAUGGUAGAAAGCAAGUGCAUUCAUGUUGACCGGGGCCAGGCUGCUGUUUUGAAGGAUGGUUCGGAAUCAUACCCUAAGCUUGCUAGCGACCACUGGCAAGCACUGAUUGCUCUCCAUAGAACCCUUCUGCACGAGCACCACGACUUUUUUCUCGCUUCCCAACACCCCUCCGCGUCUCCUGCCCUGCGGCGGUUGGCAGCCAAGUACUCUAUGCCUGCAAGGAUGUGGAAACACGGCAUCCAUUCGUUCCUUGAACUUCUCCGUCGGCGCCUUCCAGAGAGCAUCGACUACAUGCUCGCUUUCAUCUACCUAGCCUACCAAAUGAUGGCCUUGCUCUACGAAACAGUGCCGGCAUUUGAAGAUACCUGGAUCGAAUGCUUGGGAGACCUGGGUCGUUAUCGCAUGGCGAUAGAAGACGAAAACCCGCGGGAUCGAGAGACCUGGGCGGCUGUUGCACGCUCAUGGUACAGCAAGGCUGCCGACAAAAACCCUUCGGUCGGCCGCUUAUACCAUCACCUGGCAAUUCUGGCACGCCCCAAUGCGCUCCAGCAAUUGUACUACUAUUCUAGAUCUCUAAACUGUGUCAGACCGUUCCCGAGCGCUCGAGAAUCAAUUUUGACUCUAUUGGAUCCCAUCCUAAAUCGCGCCAAUACCGCCAAUACCUAUUCACAAAACCUGCCCGUCGAUACUGGCUUCAUUCAGGCACACGGCGUGCUUUUUGAGAAAUUAUCAGCGGAUCGGUUUGAGGACGCUCGCCUUUCUUUUCAGAGCCAGCUAGAUCACCACAUUGGCCGCAUGACUGCCAUAUGGAAAGAUCAAGGCAUUUAUAUAGCUAUUACAAAUCUGGCCGGACUCUUCGAUUAUGGUAACAGUGAUUCGAUUCUAAGGCAGAUUAUCGACCUUCACAGCAGGCAGAAGAGUCAAACAGCCAAUCCAUCUUCCGAUUAUGACGACGAGAGUCGCUCACCCUCCCCAGCGGAGCCCGACCAGUAUUCAAUUAAUAUGUCCGAAUCCGAGAUCUCGGCUAAACUCACCACCCUUUCUAGCGACUUUACAUUCUCCCGAGCCUACUUGUUGACGAUGACGACGCUUUCUCUUGUCCUUCGACGUAUCGGAGACAAGAACGUGCUUCCUCACGUACAUAUCCUUCUUGCCUUCUUUUCCAGCUUCGCCUCUAUAGGAUAUGUUGCCCACUUUCUCGACCACGGCCCAUGGACAGAACUAGCUGCCUUUCUUAAUGCCCUUCUCAGUUCAGAGCGACCCGAGAAGUUUAUGUCUGGUGCUGUUUUCCCCACAGAUCAAGUGGAUGCACUGCCACUUCCAGAAGAUUAUCAUGUCCGGGGCCAGAUAUGGAGUCAAUGGUAUUUCCCCGAGACAUGGUUUGCACGAGAGCAUGAUGAAGAGGACCGAUAUCUGGAGCUUGCCAGCACGAGUCGAGCUCGGACCGAAAGAGUGUUGCAUCUCGGCUAUCGCCUAUCAACAUUCAAUCGCUGGCUAUCCUAUGACACCGAAACCCAUACGUUCUCUGCCAUCAUCGACUCUAGCGCAAACACCAGCUCAGACGAAUCGACUUGAGAGGGAGACAGGAUCCAUGUCAAUUCACUGUUCCCAGAACUUAUGCAUGAUUAUUCAUGUACCGCCGUGUCUGGCCGCUAUUCUGGACCCAAAUCCCCCUCCCCCGGCCAUACCUUCCUCGCGUCUGUUCAAUUGGCAACGU